AUGAGAGUGUUCCACAUCAUCGAAGAGAAGGACAAGAUGCCGCUCAUCAUGAAGGUCGACCUCCGCAAGAAGACCCUCGACCUGUUGGUCGAAUGGAUUCGACGAUUCUCGUACAAGGACUUCACCGAGAACGGCGACAAGACCCUGUUCAAGAAACUGACCAAGUUCAUCAAAUCUUCAAGCUUCUCUUCAUGA